CUACAAGUCAACAUGGCACGCGCUUAUCAAGUUCGCAGUUUUGAUAGUUUACUUAAAUCACGAAUGAAAAAUGCUCAAAUGCGAGAGAGAAUCUACAAGAACUUACUCACACGCUUGGUUCAAGAUGAAAGAGUCGUUACAACUCUCGCGAAAUGCAAGGAUUUAUCACGAGUUGCAGAAAGGAUGAUAGAUUUGGCCAAGCAAAAUGACGAAGCUACCGUUUAUACUUGGAUUAAUAAAAAAGAGCUUUUACCAAAAGUGUUUAAAGAUAUACUUCCUCGAUAUGAGCAUAUUACAGAGAAAUACACGGCAGUUUACAGACUGCCUCCAAGAAAAUUUGAUUCAGCUGAAAUGGGUGUGAUCGAAUUCACACAAAAUAACUUACCAAAACUUGUGUCAGAAGAGCAAAAAAGGGACAAUAAAGAAGACACAUCAAUUUCAUCAAAAUGGAAGAAAGAAAGGAUACCAUUGAGAGGUACUCCUGUAUGAUAAAUUACUUAAUGUUCAAAUUUUCAUAGAGUUUGUUUACAUCAUUAUGAGGAUCGUAAUUAAGUAGUAAGUCCAAUUCAGAGAAACCAAAAAAUCGAUGAAUGCCAUGAACACUUCUCAAUUCUACAGGAAAUUAGUUCAGAUAGCUAUGUGAAGCAUGUACCAAUAAACACAGUGUGUUUGGUGGUAUUUCACAACAGUUUGUGCUGUAUUGAGACUGUAAAUAAGCUGUAAAAGUCAAUGGAUUUCGUUGUAAAUCAAAGUAGAUUUGUAGUAAAUGGGUAAUGAAAUUGAAGGUGA